UAAAAAACCAUAUUUUAACUAAAUCGUUAGUUUUCACAAUUUAAAAUAGAAGCUGAUAGAAAAUCUUAAUGACAACUGAAAAAAUUCUAUAAAAAAGGUUAAUUAUUCAGAGAUAUAUUUCACAAGGUCAUGAAGAUAUAAUGGAGCAAAAAUGCAUGCAACGUGAUCAGUAAAAUAUUAUAAAUAUUGACAACCUCCGAAGUACAAAAAUGUUAAUGUAUUUUCAAGCCAAGGACUUGCACGAAAUAUUGCAGUCAACAUAUUCGCUAGUGCGUUUAUACUUAAUCAAUUUAAACUCAACUCCAUAUGUCUUUUACGAUUAAUGGUUUAACACCAACCAGAACGUGGAAGACUUCUUGUCUCAUAUACGUAGUACUGUCACGAGAAAUGGUCAACUGAGCACUAGUGUACGAUACGAUGUAAUACCGGCAAAAAGCAUAGGUUAUGUGCAGCGCCGUAUCUAUCACUGUUAAUAUAUGAAUGCAUGUUAUGUGAUACAUAACAAAUCUAAUCUAUAUUUGUAAUUAUUUAUUAGUGUACUAGACUAAUUUUUAAUUUAACAUUAAUUUACAUAAAAAUUGUAUAAUUUAUUUACGAUGUCUGCGAGUAGUUCGAAAGAUAUUAUAACAAUAAAUGAUGACGAAUAUCAAGCUACUGAAGAAGAUGAAAUUGCUGCUAUUGAUUAUGAAUUAAAGCAAAUUGAAAAUGAAAUGCAAAAGCUUGAAGACCGCAAAAAGAUUUUAACUGAACGCAAAGAGAAAUUAAGAGAUGAUGCACUUUUAAAGAAGAGUUUAUCUAUAUCAAGAAAAGACUGGUAUAAAGAGAAUUUCAGUUGGUCAAAGGAUCUUAAGACAGCUUUAAAAGAUAUUUUUAAAAUUGAAAAAUUAAGAGAAUUACAAUUACCAACAAUGAAUGUAGUCAUGUCUAAAGAAGAUGUUAUUUUAGUUAUGCCCACAGGUGGUGGUAAAAGUUUGUGCUAUCAAUUACCUGCUGUUAUUAGCAAAGGUAUCACAAUAGUAGUGUCACCAUUAGUAUCAUUAAUGGAGGAUCAGUUGCAUGGAUUGCAAAAGAUUAAUGUGAAAGCUUUGAUGUUAAGUGCAAAAAGUAAUAAGGAAAAUGUAAAAGUUAUAAUGAAUGCACUUAUAAGUAAGAAGUCAGAUCUCAAACUAAUUUAUGUUACUCCAGAAUACAUGGCAAAGUCUAAUCGUUUUAUGAGCAAGUUACAAAAAGCUUUUGAACUUAAUCAAUUAGAAUGUUUUGCAAUAGACGAAGUUCAUUGCUGUAGUCAGUGGGGACAUGAUUUUAGACCAGACUAUAAAUUUUUGGGAAUUUUAAAAUCUAUGUUUCCAGGGGUACCAAUUCUUGGAUUAACUGCCACUGCCCCAGCAAAGAUUAUUGUAGAUGUUCAAAAAAUUUUAGAUAUCCAAGGUUGCUUAGUUUUAAGAGCUACAUUUAAUAGGCCUAAUUUAUUUUAUGAAGUUCGUCGUAAACCAGCAGAUAAAGAUGCAUGUUUAGCUAUGAUAGGAAAUUUAUUAAAAAACAGAUUUAAGGAUAAAUCUGGAAUAAUUUAUACAACAACCAUUAAGGAUGCAGAACAAUUGACAACAGAUUUAAGGUCAUUAGGUGUAAAAGUUGGAUGUUAUCAUGCAAUGUUGGAGGCAGAUUAUAGAUCAGAAGUAUAUUCCAAAUGGAUAUCUGGAAAAUACCAGGCUGUAGUUGCUACUAUUGCCUUUGGAUUAGGUAUUGAUAAACCAGAUGUACGAUUUGUUAUUCACCACUGUAUUUCAAAGUCAAUGGAAAACUUUUAUCAAGAAAGUGGACGUGCUGGUAGAGAUGGAAAGAAAUCGGCCUGUAUUGUAUUAUAUAGACUACCAGAUGUAUUUAGAUUAAGCACAAUGGUAUUUCAAGAUAAAGUUGGUUUACAAAAUUUAUACAAAGUAUUAGCAUACUGUUUAGAUCAAGUUUCAUGUAGACGCAGCUUAAUUGCAACUCAUUUUGAAGAAACUUGGAACAAAAGUGAUUGUGCGGAAAUGUGUGAUCACUGUAGGAAGCCUAAUGAGAAAAAAGAAAUAAAUAUAGCCCCAUAUUGUAAACAUUUGUAUCAAAUACUAACAAAAGCAGUACAAUGUGAAACAAGAUUAACUGCUUUAAAACUUAUAGAUUCUUGGUAUGGUAAAGGUGCACCAACAUUACGAGUAUCUUCUGUACCAAUACCAAAGUUUUCAAGACAGUCAGGUGAAGCUAUAGUAGGAUAUUUACUUGUAAAUGGUUAUUUGCAGGAAGAUUUUCAUUUUUCUGCAUAUUCUACGAUAUCAUAUUUGAAACGUGGACCCAAAACAGCCUUAGUACUUGAUAAUAAUCAUGAAAUACCUUUCAAAUAUGAAUUACAAUGAUGUAUAUAAUUAUAUUAGUUAUUCUGUGAUACAACAAAAUCUAAUUUCAUUAAUUAAAUAAACAAGACUGAAAACGACUCAGGAUGUAAGACAAAGGAUUUAGAUGUUUUUAACUGUCAGCGACACUAUAGGUCAAAGUACAACUUUAUUUGAAUGCGUACUGCAAGAAAAACAUAGUUCUAUGUUUUUGUAUUAAUGAUAAUAUUUAUCAUAAAUAAUACAUGUACUUCCAAGAUUAUAAAGGUUUUUAUAAUUAUAAAGGACUGUACAGUGAAAGAUAUUCUAAAAAACUCAAUG